ACGCACUAAGUCCAUAUUUUACCAAAAAUGUUUUUUAAUGGUAAUGAAGAUUUUAGGGUACGCCGGAUUGAUUGAUGUUGAAAGGAACUUAGUCCCUACUUUCCAUACAUAUAAAACGGGCAUAUGCGUUAUUGCGGGCUCUGUUAAAAAGAACUAAGUCCAUGGACUUAGUUCCUUUUAAUGCUGAUUAUUGAUUUGUGGAGUUAGUUCCUUUUAUUGAUGACAGGCUUGUAUAUUGCAGCACAUUUCAAUCUUGCAGUGCUAUAUGACGCAUUAGUUACAUUUUCUCUGUUAGAUGGCUCUGCCUGUCUAGUUGAUAUUUCAAGUUUUAUUGAACAUCAAAAGAUAUUAUAUCUUCCACCUUCUUUGUCUAUGGAUGUAUUGUUUAUGUUUGGUAUUGUUAUGAUGUUGAAUGUUUGAUUAUGGAGAAAAAAGGAAAGAAGAGGAGUAUUAAUACUACAGAUUAUAAUAGAGAUGAAGUUAAAAGUGCUCGUAUAAGCGGAGAAGAAUACGUCAGUCAUGGAAAAAAGGUUGUUGAAGCAAAGAAAACUGGAAAUGAUUGCAGCUGCAGGCUCCAAUGCUUCCAGAAAAUAAAAGAAGAAAAUCGUAUCACUAUCCUUUCAUCAUUCUUGGAUCUUGAAAACAAAAACCACCAAGAUCUUCAUCUACAGCGACUUAUAGAGUCAAAACCUAUUCAGCGUCGGAGACCAAGGAUUGUAAGUGAUGAAGGAGGGACGAGGAAGCAAAUAAAUGGGAGUUUUAAGUUUCAUGUCAUGAAUGGAGAUACAAGAGUAAUGGUAUGUAGAAAGGCUUUCUUAAGUUUGCAUGCUGUGUCUCAGAAGAGAGUAUUUAGGUUAGCAGCACUGCUGCUGAAAGGAGAGACUCCUAAAGAUAAGCGUGGUUUGAAUCCCAAUCCCAAAAAAAUGUCAGACACAGUAAGAAAUAACAUCCAGCAACAUAUUGAGUCAUUCCCAGUGAAAACUACUCAUUACUCAGGCAAAGAGGUGAAGUAUCUUGAUGGUAAGUUAGAUGUAAAGCAAAUGCACACCCUUUCCGAAGAUAAAUACCAAAACACAAAUGUGUCUUACAAAUAUUACCUAAAAUAUUAUAAUGAGAAUUUUCGGUAUCGCUUUGGAAGACCACAAAUCGAUGUGUGCAGCACGUGCGAAGAACUGACAACAAAACUGAAAAGUACUCAUCUUGCGGGAAUCGUAAAACGUGCCACUGAAUCGGAGUUAGUUGUUCAUAAACGCAGAAGCCAAAAAUUUUACAAGUCUUUAAAACAAACUGAACAGCUAUGCAAGGAAAAUCCCCAUGUGGCAGGAAUAGUUUUUGACUUCAUGCAGAAUCCACCCUUACCCCACAUACCAGUCCAAGAAAUAUUUUACCUACGUCAGUUAUGGGUAAACUGCUUUUGUGUACACAAUUUAAAAUCCCACCAUUCGUGUUUGUAUGUAUAUCAUGAGGGCGUUGCCAAGAAAGGUGCCAAUGAAGUAUGUUCAUUUUUAUUGGACUACAUAACUCACUGUGUGUCUAAAGAUGUUACAGACCUAUACUUGUACUCUGAUGGCUGUGUUGGCCAAAACAAAAAUCAUUCAAUGAUCCGCAUGUGCUUAGGACUGGUGCAAAAUAAAAUGUUACAAAAUAUUGUACAUUGUUAUCCUGUAAGGGGACAUUCAUUCCUUCCCUGCGAUAGGGAUUUUGGGUUAUUCAAAAAGAACAUUAAGAAAUGUGAUAGAAUCUACACUCCAAAAGAAUAUGUUAGUCUGUUAGUACACAGUAAGUCAAACGUCACAGUAAAGAUGGUGGAGACUGAAGACAUUUUGGACUUCAAUAUAUGGUGGCCUCGUUUCUUCAAGAAAAACUGUGUGGCUAUAGAAUGUGUGGGAAGAGAUACUCCUCGUGAUUGUAAAGUGAAUUUUACUCCUUCCUCUUUCAAGGAGUUCAGAUAUUCAGCAGCAAGGCCAGGAGUAGUUGAGGCAUGUCCUUUUAUUGGUGGACUUGUUACAUACACCUUUCCUUUGGCUCAGCCCAACAUUAAUAAUCAUUUCUCCAUGACUAUUCCAAAAGCAUACCCUGCAGGAAAGGUGCCAAUUAAUCGUCUAAAGCUGCAGGACAUCCAGAAAGUUGUAAAAUACGUCGUGGGUGACACGGAAACGCUAUCAUUUUAUGAAGACAUUUUAUCAUGGCCAACAACUGUAGAAGUGGAGGACGAAUGACUGUAAUACUUUCCAAAAAUGGUUGUUUUAUAUUAUUUAAUUUAAUAACAAUCAAUGACUGUCUUAUUAUAUUUAAAUAUCCGUGUUUUUUUUGUAAUAUGCAAUCAUUUACAUAAUAUUUUCAGCAUUCACUGUUAAAAGGAACUAACUCCAAAUACUUUAGGCUUUAUAUAUUAUAAGCUAAGUGUAAUCUGAGACAUGACAUGAGUUUAAUACGUUUGUUAAUGAUAGAAAUUGAUAUAUAAAAAAAAUUAACAACAUAACAGUAGAACAUUUUGUUUAAAACCGUUUUAAUUAAUAUCCCACAAUUGUGAUUUGUGGACUAAGUGCGUUUUUACAAUGACCGAUUCAAUUACUUUUUUUCUAAAACCUAUUCCUAAAAAUUUAACUCAGUAUAUCCCUUGCAUUUAUUGUUCUGCUACAAGUAUUUCAAACAGAUAUUCACUUAGUAUGGUAUCAUGGGUGUAAAAAGUUGCACAAUAGAUAAUUGACAAAGACUUGUGCACCUUUUUAUGCCCAUUAUGUUGUGCUAUAUGAAUAUAUGUUUAAAAUAUUUCCGGCAUAACAAUUAUGCAAGGGAAUUAUCAAGUUAAAAUUACAGAAAAAAACCUUUAAAUAAAAGUAAUGAUAAAAAAAACAUGGUGUAUCAGACCGAGCCGUAAGUCAUAUCAUAUAUGUGCUUGCGAUAUAUCACAUGUAUUAUAUCGAUACUGAUAAAAUAUUGGCUUGAAAAUAUCAAUUUUUUUAAUAUAAUAAUUGAUAAUAACAUUAAAAAAAACAUGCUGCUUUACUUAGUGAAAAAUUAUUAUUUAAAUAUAUUUUACAUUGAGUUCUUGAUACAUCCACGCUAAUAUUAAGAGAUUACCUAGUAAAAUGUUUUGCUCUUUCUAGCAAAAGUUAAUAAAUAAUAAUUAAUUUUUAUUUAUUUUUAGUAAUUAAUUAUUCCUUCAUAACGUCACUUUUAGGAGCCAGGCCUGUCAGAGCAUUGCAAUGCUUCAACUUACAAAGCUAUGAAAUUCCAUACUAUGAACACCAAUACUUCCAUUUUUCACCUCAUUUUAAAUAAGAUUUUUUUUUUUUAACUUUAAAAAUGUAAUUUUACUCAAUUUCGAUACCAUCUGAAUAACAAAUUGAUAUAAAAUGAUAUUGACAACAAAUUAUUGAUAUUUUGAACCUAAAAUAUUGAUAUUGCCAAUAUAUUGAUAAGUGGUUGCCAUCUCUCCCUGCAUCAGUGAAGGGCCUUAGAGGGCACAGGUUCUGACGUGCAAGUUAUCUUCAAGGUGUGCCUAAACUUUAGCUCUACACACCAUGGAUGGCUUUGUUAUCGUAACACUUCCGUUCGAAAACCUGACUCAUGGCAUCCAAGCCAUCAGCUCCCGAGAAGUUUUAAGUGUUCUUUUUUAUAUGACAUGCAUUUCUUAUACAAACCUGUUUCAGAGGCGUUGAGAAACAUCGAUACACUUGGGGUUGAGCCCAGGGAAUGAACAUUCUCUGACCGGGGGGGGAGUGUAGCAGCUUUAUGUAUGACCUUGUAAACCACAUCACCUUUGGGCAUAAACUAUGUAUAUAUACAUAUAUAUAUAACUUUAUUGAUGUAAGUAUCCUAAAAUAAAAUCAUUGUUCUCAUGUGUUAGGUAAGUAUUCUGCAAAAAUUUUAUAUCAAUCGUUACACUGUUCUUCAGAGCUGCCCAAAGCUACUGUAGACUUAUUUGAUGGCAUUAUGACUAGACAUACUGUAAUGUAUUUCUUUUCUAAAUAAGAAUGUUGAUUUAAGAAAAUUUAAAUCACUAGCUAGUAAAUAGCAUUAAAAGUAAUCAAUGAAGGCUUAAAGCACAGGAAAUACUAGCAGACAUCAGUUUCAUUAAUACAAAAAAAUAAACAGAUUUAAAAAAAUAAUCUUAUUGGUUUUAUGUAUGGGACCAUUAUUUAAUGGAUGUGAAAAUUACGCUGGUUUAGCAACGAUACACUUUUUUUGACACCUAUAAUGCUGACUGUCUACUGCAGCAUUCGUAAUUCGCCCUUGACCACUUAAGGAACAAUGCAAUGUUUAGCAUUCACAAGGUUGCAGUAGUACGCUUUCUCUUAACACACACAUUCUGUUAUUUUUAAGUGUUCCCCGCAAUUGUAUCACAAGAACUUUGCCACGCGUGCAACGCGUUGCAAAUUCUUGUUAGAGUAGCAAAUCAAGGUUUAGCAUAUUUUGGGCGACGAACAUUCAUAAGCAUUAUUUAUGAUGUAGAGGUAGAGGAAAGCAGAUAUCCAAAGAUCAAAUUGGAAUUCAGGACUCCUGAAACAGGAAAAAAGAAACCACCAGUGAAGAAUAGGUAUAGAUGAAGCCAUAUUUACAUGUCAUACGUGGGCUGCGAAACAUAUUACUUACAAUAUUCAAGUUUUUUUUCUCUUCCUUUCACCAUAAAGUCAGUAAAUAAUCACUAAAUUUUACUUUUAAUAACAUUUUUCCAUUACAAAAUAGAUGUAAUAGUAAAGGCUUAUUCAGAUUUUUUCAGGAAUUCCGACUGUUGGUUGACGUUGGCUGUCACGUAGCAUUACUACACUGCCUGCGUUUCUAGUUAGCUCAGUACACGGCUUUUGGCAGGAGUAAUUUCGUGAAAAUGGAACAGAAAUCAAUGAACGGAAAUGUUUCACAAAGAUGGUGGACCCACGUUUAGCAACAUAAACCUGUAUGUAGUCACUUUCGUAAACAUUAGGGGACAUGCCAAACUUUAUUGGUGGGCCAAAUGAUACUUUAUGAUAGUGAAAAUACCCUGGAAUAUCUUUGGUAAACCAAUAGUCGUACUAAAAAGUAAUGACAACUUUUAAAAUACCUAAGAGAACUGGCAUUACAAUGAUUAUAUUACAUAUUUUCCAUCAAAAUUCCCACAGCAGUGGAGUGUGUGCAUGGUAAUCUGAAGGGGCGUGGUACAGAUAUUGUUAAUAGAUUUUUUAAAUAACAUUAUAAUAUUAUAAUAAUGUUGAAUCAGCUCAAUAAGGUUAAGAUUUGUUUGUAGGACGUAUUACAGACUGCUUUCAGUCGUUUGAGCAAAAACAAAAAUACAAACAUAUAGUUAGUUUUAUAAUAUGUAUUUGAAAAGGUUUCAGGUUAAUAUUUUAGUAAUUCCACAUAAGUAUAAAUUCUAAAAUAUAUACCUAGUACUGAAUUUGUAUGGUAUUAACUUUUUAGUGAAUUUUAACAAGAGGGGCAGUUUUUUAAUAAUAUUCCUUGUUAUAAUAUUAUAUUAUAUCAGAUACAGAGCCGGGGUUUUAUCAGAUCUGUUUCUAAAAGUUUUAAAUUUCCAGUUGUUUUGUGCUGCUAAUUGCUAUCUGUGUUUGAUGGUGGCAACAACGUUUAUGAUUCAGGGAGCUAAUUAUAGCGGCGAGCACAGAAAGCAUGUGUGUGAUUCACAUCCAGAAAUUUUGGUUAUUGGUAAGCGAUCAUUUUAUUUAUCUGUUCAUUUAUUACGCUUGACAUCAUUUAAAAAUUUCUGAUUGAUAUUUUGUGUUCGAUUUUCGUAUUAUAAGUUUAUUUGCAACAUGAACAACAUGAGAACACAUUAGUUUUCUCGUUACAGAGGUUAAAUGCUUGUAUGUCACCAGCAAGUACUAAAAGCCUUGCUCGCUCUUUUUUAUUAUUAUUAUUUAUUUCAGUACACUGUUUCCUAUUUUGUAGUGGGUUAUAUUUCACAUUUUUAUAUUUGGAAUUCCUGUUAAAAAUAUAUGCCUUUCCAUAAUCUGGCAAAAUUGCUACCAAGGCUUCUCCGUGUGCUUAUACAUGCUGGAUUAAAUACCUUUCACUGCAAACUUUCAUUAUAAACACUUUUUUUUAUCUAGUAGAAAAGAAGAUAGAAUCAAUAUGCAAAAGCUAUGGAAUUUUGCUUAGUUGUGGUCUAGGUGUAUACAAAUUUGUUUAUUUAUUCAACGUUGUUUGAUUAUGUGUUAAAUAUAUUAUGUCUUAUUACCUCUGUUGUAAGUGUCCUGAAUUUUUGAUUAGGGUUGGUUCUGUCAUUUGUUACCGAGAAUAAAUAAAUAAUUCUUUGACAAUACAUACUGGUAUUUUUCAUAACUACAUGAUUAUUUCACUUUAAUUUCUUUAUUAUUACAUUAUUAUUACUGUAUAUUUAUUUUAAAAACCAUAGACAUUACUCUACGUGAAAUAUUAAGAUUCAGUAGAAAAUUUUUAGUGUAAACUUAAUAAAUAAGUUAAUUCUAUAUGAAAAUCUUACCAUUUUAUAUUUGUAUGUUUUCAUUUUAAUCAUAUCCAGUUUUUAUUGCUGUUUAUGAAUAAUAUUUUUACUUAUGUGUAAGUCAUAUAACAAUUGUUGUGUUUCAGUUGGUAGUUAUGGUAACUUUUAUGUUUUGACCAUAACAAUGCUGGUACAUAGGUUUCCCAAUCUAAAAUGUAUCUUUUUACUAAGAAUGCACUUUUCUCUUGUCAAUUGUUAUUAUUUUUAUCAUUUCACCUAAUGAAGUGUGUUACAUGACUGUCUUUUACAGUAAGUUUUAAUUCAAUUUACAUGAACACUUCCUCAUAAUUACCGUAAACAGUAAGUACACAGUCUUGCCAUACGACUGUAUGCCUGGAUGAAGCUGGCUUUGGCAGAUGGUAACAGGUAGGUAAGAUGUUGGGAUACUAUAUUUAAAAAAGAAUGAUCCAAACAUUUGCUUGCAGUCCAUAAAACAGCAUAAAACUGGAAUAAAAGUAUCCAAGUUUCUGAACCCAAGUUCCCCGCCUCCCCUUCCAAUUUCUCGGAGCUUCUGAAUCCACCACCGUCUGCCUGGUGUGCAAUUGAAGAACCUUAAGGGGAAAAAAAUAAUUAUCUUUACUGAUAGUGUCCGAGAUCAAACCAUGGCCUGAAAGCAAGUUGCAUGCCAUGUUAAAAGUGUAUCCAGAGAGUCAGUAGUAGCCUUGGACUUUAGUUUUUUGGAGGCCCUCCCCCGGGUGAUAGGAAAAAAAUAAUUUUUUUUAACCCAACCUGGAAUUUUUUGAUGAUGGUUUUGCUCAUUUAUGUUAGGAUAUUUUGAUAUUCUUUCAUAAUAAAUUAUCCUUGGGUGAGUUUUAUAAAUCCUUAGGAUCAAAUUUCCAGUAUAUAAUCACAUCAUUUUCUUAUACGAAAUUAUGUAUUGAAAUAGGUAUUGACCAGCACAUUAAGUUACCAUAAAUGUCCAUAUUUUUAACAGAACACUAGACACUAGACAAACGAUAAUAAAUAAAAA